CUCCUCCUUCCUUCCUCUCUUCACACCCACCCAACCCUCCUCCUUUCUCUCUCCGUCCUUUUAGAUUAUAGAAAAAAAGAUGGGCAAAGAGGCUUUUUUCCGCUCCGCGGAGAUGUCCCUUGUGCAGCUCUACAUCGCUACCGAAGUCGGUCGCGAGGUUGUUGCUGCCCUUGGUGAGCUUGGUUCGCUUCAGUUCCGCGAUCUCAACGCCGAUGUCAACUCCUUCCAGCGUACCUUCGUCAAGGAGAUCCGUCGUCUUGACAACGUCGAGCGUCAGCUCCGUUUCUUCAACGCACAGAUCGAGAAGGCCAGCAUCAAGGUCAAGGCCGUCCCCGGCUACGCCGAUGUGACUGCUGCUCCUCACUCCAACGAGAUUGACCAGCUUGCUCUCCGCACCGACGAGCUCGAGGAGCGUGUCAACCAGCUCAUGGAGUCCCACGAGCGCCUCACCAAGAAGCAGGUCGAGCUCACCGAGCUUCGCCACGUUCUCAUCGAGGCUGGCGCUUUCUUCGACCGUGCCCACAACGUCCCCGAGGAGCUCCGUGCCUCGCUCGACAACGACGAUGCGCCGCUGCUCAACAACGACGUCGAGCAGGGUGACAUGUCCGCUGCCACUUCUUUCUCGGUCAUGAACAUCGGCUUCGUUGCCGGUGUCAUCCCUCGCGAGAAGAUGCAGACCUUCGAGCGUAUCCUCUGGCGUUCGCUCCGUGGUAACUUGUUCCUCAACACCACCGAGAUUGCCGACCCCAUCAAGGACUCCAAGACCAACGAGGCUGUUGAGAAGAACGUCUUUGUUGUCUUCGCCCACGGUGCUGGCAUUCUCUCCAAGAUCCGCAAGAUCGCCGAGUCGCUCGAUGCCGACCUUUACGCCGUCGACGAGGAUGCCAACAUCCGUCGUGACCAGGUCCGUGAGGUCAACUCGUCGAUUGCCGAUGUCGAGGAGGUCGUUAGCACCACCGAGACCACUCUCAUGACCGAGCUCGAGGCCAUUGCUGAGCAGAUUGCUUCGUGGAUGGUUGUCGUCAAGAAGGAGAAGGCCGUCUACGCCGCUCUUAACUUGUUCAACUACGAUCAGUCGCGCAAGUCGCUCAUUGCUGAGGGAUGGGUUCCCACUGAUGACAUCCCGGUUAUCAAGACCACCCUUGCCGAUGUCACCGAGCGUGCCGGUCUGCAGGUUCCUUCGAUCGUCAACGAGCUUUCGACGACCAAGACUCCUCCCACCUACUACCGCGUCAACAAGUUCACCGAGUCGUUCCAGAACAUUAUCGAUGCUUACGGUGUUUCGCAGUACCGCGAAGUCAACCCCGGUCUCCCGGCCAUCAUCACUUUCCCGUUCAUGUUCGCCAUCAUGUUUGGUGAUCUCGGACACGGUGCUAUCAUGUUCCUCGCUGGUCUCGCUAUGGUUAUCUACGAGAAGAAGCUUCUCCAGAUCAACCGUGACGAGAUCUUCGACAUGGCCUUCACUGGACGUUACAUCAUUUUGCUCAUGGGUGCCUUCUCGAUGUACACUGGUUUGAUCUACAACGAUAUCUUCUCCAAGUCGAUGACCAUCUUCCCUGUCGGAUGGGAGUGGCCCUACACCUGGAACGAGGGCGACCUCAUCACUGCCAACUCGACUGGCACUUAUGCUUUCGGUAUUGACCCUACCUGGCACGGAGCCGACAACAACUUGAUCUUCAACAACUCGUACAAGAUGAAGUUGUCGAUUGUCAUGGGAUUCGUCCACAUGCUUUACUCUCUGUUCUUCUCGCUCGUCAACGCGAGAUUCUACAACUCGAAGAUUGACAUUAUCGGAAACUUCAUUCCCGGAUUCCUUUUCUUGGUUUCGAUUUUCGGAUACUUGUCGUUCAUCAUUGUGUUCAAGUGGGCUUACGACUGGAUCGGCAACGAGAAGGUUGCUCCUGGUCUGCUCAACACUUUGAUUGACAUGUUCUUGUCGCCCGGUAACGUCACCGACUUGUUGUACGACGGCCAGCCGACUGUUCAGGUCGCUCUCGUUUUGCUUGCUGUUUUCUGCGUUCCCUGGAUGCUUUUGCUUAAGCCGUUGUACCUCCGCUGGGACAACAACCGCAAGACGCGUUCUGGAUACGAGAACCUUUCGCAGCAGGAGGUCACCCGCCUUUCGUUUGACGAGGAGGCUGAGUCGUCGACCCCUGUUGUUAUGGAGGAGAUGCACGAGGAGCACGAGUUUGAGUUUGGCGAUGUGAUGAUCCACCAGGUUAUCCACACCAUUGAGUUCUGCCUUAACUGCGUUUCGCACACUGCUUCUUACCUGCGUCUGUGGGCUUUGUCGCUUGCGCACGCCCAGCUUUCGACUGUGUUGUGGUCGAUGACUCUUGAGCGCGCGUUCAAGAUGGAGGGUGGCCUUGGAGUUAUUAUGUCGUUCAUCUUGUUUGCGGCUUGGUUCGCGUUGACGAUUGCUGUGCUUGUUGUUAUGGAGGGUACCUCUGCUAUGCUUCACUCGCUCCGUCUCCACUGGGUCGAGGCUAUGUCGAAGCAUUUCAUUGGUGACGGUAUUGCGUUCACUCCGUUCUCGUUCAAGGCUGUCCUUGAGGAGCCUGCCCAGUAAAUGCAUUAUGUGCUUUUGAGAAGAUGAAUAAGAUUUGUUUGAGGAUAUUUAUACAAGGUGUAGAGGGGUUAUAGUUUUGUUCUUUAUGUAUUGAAAUUAUUACAAUAAAGGGAGAAACUAGAAGUUCUUUAUCAUAUGACUGAUUUUUAUUAUGGAUUGGUGAUAAUGAAAAGUUGAUGAAAACCAAAUAGAGA